AUGGCGAAUAAACUGCUCGGAAGAGUCCCCAUGAGAAUGGGCCAGAGGAAAAGGCUACAUAGCCGAAAUGGUCGGCGACUCACCCUUCCAGAUGCACCGUUGUGGGUGCCCGCGGAAGGUUCUAUAAAACGACAGGGUCUUAGUUGCCAACCGGGGCCCCUGAUGGAGCAUCCCUAUCCACAAACAGAGAAUUUCAACCAUACCCGUCUGCAUGAAAAUCUUAGCGAGGAGAGCGGAAAUCGCAGAGAAUCCCUUGAGGAGGCGAGCAAUGGAUGUGACAAGACCUGUUUUGAUCGGCAAAUUAGCCUCCCCGAACUACGGCCAAAUAUCGUGAGCCCAUUCAACGACAGGGAGAAGCUGGCUGAACAUGAGCCAAUGACCAGGCAUGAGUCAAUGACCAUGAGGCCUACACCUCUGAAUCCGGGGGCUGAAGCCAAGGAAGGCCAGAGCAAUACUGGCAUAGGACGCUACGGUAGAAGAGGAAGUACCGAUCUACGGGACGGAAAUGAUGAACGCGUGAAUUUCCAAGACCUUACCCCUCAGAGACUGCGAAACACAGCGAAGAAGCCGUUUGCCAAGGGCCAGGCGGGUCCAAUCUGCCGGGUGGAGUCCCAUCUUCUGUGA